AAUCAUCAAAGCUGUUGUCAAGACCUUCAAGUAUUUCUUCGACCUGAGGUUUGAGGUGAAGGGUCUGGAGAACUUCGAGGUGAAAGGUCCUGCUGUCAUUGUGUCCAACCAUCAGAGCAUCCUCGACAUGAUGGGGCUGAUGGAGGUCCUGCCCGACAACUGUGUCCAGGUGGGCAAGAAAGAGCUGUUGUACACUGGCUCCGUGGGGCUCAUCAUCUACCUCGGUGGUGUCAUCUUCAUCAACAGGAAGAGCACCAGCAGUGCCAAGAUAGUGAUGUCAGAGGUGGCCAAGGCUAUGGUAACUGAGAAUGUGAAGGUGUGGGUGUACCCAGAGGGCACAAGGAACUGCACUGGAGAUUUGCUGCCAUUCAAGAAAGGAGCAUUUCACAUUGCUGUCCAGGCACAGGUCCCAGUGAUCCCUGUGGUGUACUCCUCCUUCACCUCCUUCUAUAACCCAAAGAAGAAACUAUUUACAUCAGGCAAAAUCAAGGUUGAGGUUCUGCCUCCAAUAGAGACCAAAGGGCUGACAUCAGACGAUGUCAAUGACCUCACUGACAGAUGCUUCCACACCAUGAGGGAGACUCUCUUCAGGCUGUCAGGCCGUCCCAGCGAGGCCAAGGACUCAUCCUAGAGGCUUUUCCAGGGGUGUCACCAUGUGGUGGUGGCUGAAGGGACCUGUCUGUUGUUGCCAAAUACUGAAGGAACUUCUCUUCCUCUGCAGUGACUUCUAACUCUGGGAACACCAAGGACUGGCACACACAGCGUGUCAAGCCAGCGCUGAGGUUCCCCUUGAGUGGAUUUCUCUUAUGGGUUCAUU